UAUUAGACCAAGCGAUGUCGCAUGCUCAUUAUUAUGUAAAGGAAGAAGUAAGAAACGCUAGGAACAGGCGUCGCUUCAGACAACUAGCAAGAGAGGUCUGCGGUGAAGUUUUUGACAUACCAGAAGACAACCGUGUUUUAUUUGCAUACCAGAAGCAUCAUGGCAAAGAAACGUUGAUUGGGGAAAUCAGUUUUCAAAUUGCUGAUGAAAAGUUGACAUCACCAGGAAUAACAUUUGAUUCGGAGUAUUUUCAUCAGGUGACAUUUAUGUUUGUGAAGUAUGAUUUCCAAGGAAUGGGAAUUGGGCAGCGGUUAUUUUCAAAAUUAAUGAAAAUUAUUGGAGAGAAGUCUGUUCGACCUAUUCGAUUGCAAAGUGCAGAGAAAGCUGUAGGCUUCUUUGAGAAAAUGCAAUUUGUGUGCCAGGGUGAACCCAUUGAAAGUCUAUGUGGUGUAAACUUGUUUCGAUUCAUGUACAACAUGGAACGACCUUCUGGAUAUCUUACUUGUGAUUCAACUAAUGAUUUAUAAAUGAUGUCGAUCA